UUCAAACCUCAAAAAGGGGAAAAACACGAAGAUCUGUAUACGAAAACAGGGUUGUUAUGAUGUACAAUCACUUUGUGUUCCAGAGUCAAUAUUGACUGCAGACCUGGUGAACCUGGCUCUCUGCACGUCAUGCCUAUAGGGUCAUCCACCGAUCAAAGCAUGCUUUGUCAAAAGAUGUUUCACAUCUGCCGACAGCGUGUCAAUCAUUAACUCCUCUGGGGGCCAGAUGUUCGUAUAAGUACCGCGGCAUCGGAGAAAUCAGUUUAGAAGCAAAAGUGAAGACCUGCAGAGCCACUUGUGACACGUUGUCUGUGAUAAGUGCAAAAUCAAUCAACUUUACGUCUGAGAAGGAGGAGCCCGUUUUGUCCGAGGAUGCCCGGAUUACAUGAGAAGAUGACGCUGGUUGCGGCAGCGGCCGCUCUGGCCGUCUUGGCCUCGGUGAGGUCGUCCCCGGUGCUGGAGCCGGAGCCCAUCCGCUGCGCCGCCUGUACGCAGGAGACGCUCGCCGGAUGUCCCGCCGUCCCGACGGAUUGCGCACAGGUGCGCCGUGAGUCUGGCUGCGGCUGCUGCAUGGCCUGCGCUCUGGAGAAGGGAGCGUCCUGCGGGGUCCACACGGCCCACUGCGGCGGGGGCCUCCGCUGCACCCCGAGGCCCGGAGAGGCCAAGCCGCUCCACGCUCUGACCAGAGGACAGGGGGUCUGCACCGAGGACCUGGGCCAAGAGGUAGCUGUGUCUGACCAGGGCUCUCUGCACUACCUGCUGGGCCUCAACCUUCCCUUGGACCCCCAAGACCCCGCUGAGGGCCACGAGAGCAUCAGGACCAAGGUCAACGCCAUCCGCAACAAGCUCAUGCAAGAGGGUCCCUGUCACGUGGAGCUGCGCGCAGCAGUGGACGCGAUCUCCAGCUCGCAGAGGAAACUCGGGGAGAAGUUCACCACCUUCUACCUGCCCAACUGCGACAGGCGCGGCUACUACCAGGCCAAGCAGUGUGAGUCCUCUUUGGUCGGGCCACCCGCGCGUUGCUGGUGCGUCUCACCCUGGAACGGGAAGAAGCUCUCGGAGUCCAGCGACCUGCCGAGCGACUCGGAGUGCCACCAGGAAGUCACUCUGUAGAGGAAGGACGCGCUGCAGGCGCAUCCGACAACAUGUUUCACAAAAGGAGUGUCAGCCCCCCCCCCCUGAUGAACUGACUUCUACACACACACACACACACGAACACACACACUAAAACGCACUCAUUCACACGAAAUGUCAAAUCCUAUUUGGGAAGAGGGAAACUCAUAUUAUUUACAUGAUGUAUGUAUCGAGACUUAUUUAUUCUUAUAGCAUUAACAAUUUGUCAUUUUAUAUGUUUGCCCGUAUGUUUUUUCUUCUUCUUCUUCUCUCUCUUCCCGAUUGUAAAUAGGGCAACACUGUAUACUUUUUGUGUUUCUCACUAAAUAACUCCAUUGCGCAAAAAGAAACCACGAGUCCUUCGCACUGCCAGGCCCCUUCCAGAGGUUCAGGGCCAGUCUUCGUGUAUUCAUUCAGGACGGCAGCAGUGAGAAUGACACAGCCGCUCAUUCAUUCCACGUGUUGACAUUGUCUGAAUGUAUCUCCAUUGGCGUUUCCUCAAUGGGUAUUGGGGGAAAUACUUAAAGUGCCGCAAGUAUGCGCCACGGUGGCCGAGCACAAACACAUCCGCGCUCAUCCCGGCGGCGCGAGGCCCGGGAUGGGCCGCGUGUGUCUACCUCUACCGGUCCCUGCAGGUCCUCGGGUUUAGAGCAGGCUCUUAGCCAGACGCCUCCUUCCUUUGCAUCUAUUCAAGUAUUUAUUAUCGUCCACUCGGUGUGAGUUUGUUUGUUUGUUUGUAAAGGCUGCUAUCCAACUUGGUUGUGUUGAAACAAUGUGUAUAUUCUUCUAAUUCUGUACAUGUUAUUAAAAUGUUAUUUAAUCCCAA